AUGUCGGCUGAGAAGGGUGCCAAAUACUCUAAUGACUCCGAUGGGGAACAAAUAUUUGUUUCUCAACCCGAUAAAGUUGAAUAUGUGAAUGCGGAAUCAGAAAAGCAUGAUAUUAAAGAAGAUGUGACAGGAGCUAAUUCAAAUUUGACGUCCGUUGAUGAUGAUGAAGAGGAUGAUGAUAAACCAAAGGAUCAUUAUAUUAACUUGCCAGAGUCGUUGCAGCAUAUGACCCAGGAAGAGUUGAAAGAAUUGGACAGGAAAACAACGAGAAAGAUCGAUUUCAGAUUGCUUCCCAUGAUGAUGUUUAUCUAUAUUUUGAAUUUUCUUGAUAGAACCAACAUCACCAAUGCUAGGUUGGAUACCUUGGAAGCUGAUUUGAAGUUGGUGGGCAAUCAAUAUCAAGUUUGUAUCUCGAUUUUGUUUGUUGGUUACAUUUUGUUCCAAGUUCCAGCAAAUAUGAUCUUGAACAAGUUUGGUCGUCCUUCAAUCUUUAUUACUGUGGUGAUGACGACAUGGGGAGCUAUAUCUACAGUCACUGGUGCUGUUCAAAAUUACGCUGGUCUAGCUGCAACUCGUGUUUUCCUUGGUGUUGCAGAGUCUGCUUUCUUUUGCAGUGCUUUGAUGAUCUUAUCGAUGUGGUACGACAAAAAGUCAUUGGCUACAAGAAACACUCUUUUGUUUGCAGGAAAUCCACUUAGUUCUGCAUUUAGUGGAUUAUUGGCUGCGGGUAUUUUGAAAAUGGGAGGUUUGGGCGGUAUUGCUGGAUGGAGAUGGUUGUUCAUUCUUGAAGGGGGUAUUACUGUGUUGGCAGUUCCGUUCGCUUACUUUGUCUUACCGGACAAGCCAGCUAAUACCAAAUUCUUGAGUCAACAAGAAAAGGAUAUCAUUCAAUGGAAAUUGAGACAAGAUUUGGGUGAUGUUGGUGAUUCCGAUGCUGAAGCAAGAGUCACAACCUGGCAAGGAUUUAAAUUGGCAAUCAAAGAUGAGAAAAUGUGGAUGGUCACUGGUCAGUUGAGCACUUUAGUCUGCGCGUGUGGUAUUGUCAACUUUUUCCCAACAAUUGUUGCUACGUUGAAUUUCAACAGGACCGUUACAUUAUGUUUAACUGCACCACCAUACUUACUUGCAGUCCCAGUAUCAUAUUAUUGGGCAAGGCAUGCUGACAAAACCGGAGAGAGAUCGUUUCACAUUCUCAUCCCAUUAGCGGUCACAACUAUAUCUUUCGUCAUCCCUGUUGCCACAACUAAUUUUGCCGCGAGAUACUUUAGUUACUGUAUUAUGAUUCCCGGUAUAAUUGGAGCAUAUGUGGUUAUCAUUACUUGGAUGCCAAACUCAUGUCCAAGACCACCAGCAAAGAGAGCCGUUUCGAUUGCCUUGAUGAUUGGAUUGAGUAAUUCUCCUUACACGUGGACAGCCUUCUUAUACCCAUUGAGCGAUGGUCCACGUUAUAUCAAAGGUAUGAGUUGUAACAUUGCAUUUCUGGUAAUGGCGAUUAUUUUGACUGUCAUGUUGAGAAUUAGGUUAAAGCAGUUGAACAAAAAGAUUGAAAAUGGAACUAUGGAUUGGCAAAAGGAAUUAGGAGAGGGUAACGACGGGUCAAAGAUUGAUGCUGAUUUUAGAUAUUUAUACUAG